AUGAACACCUUUCUGCUUGCGGCACUGUGCCUCCUGGGAUCCUGGGCUGCCCUGACAGAGGGGGUCACCGUGCAGGAUGGAAAGUUCUCCUUUCCUUUGGAGGCAGUGAAGAAGCUCAAGGACCUCCAAGAUCUCCAGGAGCCCAAUGGCAGGAGCUUUUACAGACCGGUGGUUCCCACCCUCUGUAGCUAUCCUAACUUUCCCAAAGAACUCAAGCCUCUCUGCAAGGAGCGCAAUGCCAGGCAGAUCCUCCAGAGGCUGGAGGCCAUCGCUGAGGACCCGAGCACGUGUGAAAUCUGUGCCUACGCUGCCUGUACUGGAUGCUAGGACAGCAGGGGCUCGCUGUCUUUUGCCCCUCCCCCACAGAAUGUUUCCACUCCGGCAGCUUAAUCUCUACCCUGCCCCCAAUGGAGGACUGAGGAGUGAGCAGCCUGGGGAGACCCA